GCUAGCGGGCGACACGUCCGAAGUAAGAAGUAACAACAUUGAACUUGGAUUUUGAAAAACCUACUAAAACUGAUGAAAAUGGAAAUACAGCAGUUUUUCUAGAUACUCUCCCCUCGACCGGAUGAUGAGGCGUCGCUGGUUGAAGAGGAAUACCGCUUUGGUGAAGGACCAAGUGCUGGCUCUCACAGGCAUGAAUUACGUGGUGUACACAGCAAUUCAAUACAGGUGUCAGACUGUGGCUGGACAAAACUUCCUCAUUAAGGUUGAUGUUGGAGAGGACUACAACCAUCUGAGUGUCCACCGUAUACUUCGGUGUGAUGGAGAUGAGGUUGUGCUGCGCGGUGUAGAGCAACACAGAGCCAAAGAUUACCCCCUCGUACCUUUUACAAACUAAACGUGCAACAUGUUUCUACAGUUAAAUACUUACAGCCUUCAGUCUCAUCUUAAAAUGCUCUGCUUCUUUAUUCUGCAAUGAUUUGUCAUCAAUUUUAAAAAUGUCAACACAGAGAUAAAGAUAUUUGGUGACGGGAAGCAGCAAGUUGAAUGCACUACCUUUUAAAGGAAUAAUAAAGAUUAAAGCAUGAAAAAAACAUCUUAAAAUAGAUGCCAUCUAGGCUGGAAGGAAUAAUUACAAACGAAUUAUUUCUUCUUUAUUCUGCAAUGACUUUACAUCGAUUUUAAAAAUAUUAACCCAGAAAGAGAAAGAUAUUUGGUGACAGGAAGCAUCAAGUUGAAUGCACUACCCUCGUGGUUCUUAUAUGCAGCAUUUGCUUUUCAUUUGCGAAGUCUGAUUUUCAAAAUAGCUGUUGUCUAGGCUGGAAAAAAUGGUUACAAAUGAAUGAAAAAACGUAAAGGAACUCCUUUAGUUUACAUCAACGUUUAUAUGGACAUUUUUAACUUUCUCAUGUUGUGAGUUGUGAUUAAACAAACCAGGAAACAUUUUCUGACUGUCAGCUACUUAACAGAUGUCCUGGAGGAAGAAAAUUCAUUUCAUACAUACCCUUGAGAUAACAAAACAAGUGUUCAACGUAAAGACUUCCCCAAUUCCAACAAGUUCUCUCAUUACAUGUGGAGUUUUUGAUCACAUGCAACAUAUUUGCUUAUUUGAAAGUUGUCAAAAUGAUCUGUGGACUAUGAGAAAAAGACUUUGUUGAGUCAGAAAUGUAAUAUAAAUGUUUUAAGAAGACUUGGACAUUGUUAUUUUGAA